UAACCAUGUUCAAAAUAAAUAAGCUUUUAGAUAUUUUAUUUUUCACAUGCAUUAUAUUAGCUUUCCAUGUCAACUUUUCAUCUAAGAUGACUCCAAGAAAUCUGAUUUCAGACACCUUCUCAAUUUUCACAUUGUUUAUGGAUAAACUAACUUCUAUCUUUCUUUUAUUACUGGAUACCAUAAAUUUAGUCUUUUCCAAAUUUAAAGAUAAUUUAUUUAUAUCAAACCACAAUUUUAGUUUAACCAUUUCCGCUUCAAUAUUAUCGACUAAGAUUUUCAAGUCACCUCCUGAACAGUAUACAUUUGUAUCGUCUGCGAAUAAUAGGCACUGUAAAAUUUUCGAAACCUCACAAAUAUCAUUUAUAUAUAAAGUAAAAAGUUUGGGUCCUAAAAUCGAACCUUGUGGAAUUCCACAUUCAAUAUUCAUACAUUCUGACCUAUGAUCAUCGAUCUCAACAUAUUGCUGUCGUUGUUGUAAAUAACUGGUUAACCUGGUGCAACUCCUCUGACUCCAUUAGUAUAUCAUUUAGAAAUGAGAAUUUGAUAAUCUACAGUGUCAAACGCCUUCUUCAAAUCAAUGAACACUCCUAUUGUGUAUUUAUUUUGAUCAACUGCAGUUGUAAUCUCUUCAAUAAUGUUCAUGAUGGCCAAGCUCGUAGACCCAUUUGAUCGAAAUCCAUACUGAUUUUCAUUUAAUAAUGUAUGUUUUUCAAUAAAACAGUCUAAUUUAUUAACAAACAGUUUUUCAAGCACUUCUGAAAAUUGAGAAAAGACAGAUACUGGUCUAUAAUUACCAAAUGUAUGUUUAUCUUCGGUUUUAAAUAAAGGUAUAACUUUAGCUGUUUUCAUACUGUCUGGGAAAACCCCUACUUUAAAAGAACAAUUAAUUAUAUAAUGUAAUGGUUUAAUGAUGCAAUCAAUUGUAUUUUUUACUAUACUUAGGUCUUGUUUUUUAGUUUGUAAACCACAGAUAAUAUUUCAUUCUCAGUCACUUCACUAAGAAACAUUGACUGCAUAACCCUAUUUUCCCUUUUCCAGACACUCCCUAGUGUAGGUCCUACAUUUACAAAGAAUUGAUUUAAUUCAUUGACAAUUUCAUCUCUGUUUUCAAUUAACAUAUCUUUUUUUAAAUAUCUAGGUAGUUCUGUUCGCAUUGUCCUAUUCCCUAUUGCUUUAUUUAAAAUAGUCCAUGUAGCCUUUAUAUUAUUUUUAUUUUCAUGCAACAUUCUUUUGUAAUAUUCCCUUUUUGCUUGUCUCAAUAUAUUGGUCAACUAAUUUUUGUAGUUCUUAUAUCGUUUUUCAGCAUUCUCUGUUCUUAACUUGAUAAACUCCUUAUAAAGUCUAUUUUUAUUUUUACAUGCAUUUUUCAAGCUGUUUGUCAUCCAAGGUGCCUUAUUUUGCCUUUGCUUAGAUCUGCAUGGACCCUCAGGACAAUGCUUGUUAUACAGAGUAAUAUAAUGCUUAAGAAAAGAAUCAUAGGCAGUGUUUAUAUGGUCUGUGUACACCUCUUUCCAUUCUUGUUUUAAUAGAUUAGAUUAGAUUAGAUAGUACUUUAUUUAUUCCGUCAGGAGAGUUCCUUCAGGAAAAUUACAAUUUUCAGCACAAUCCCAUUCAAGAUCAGACAAACAUUACAGGGAGACAGAACAGGAUUGCUGACGGGUCUGCCGGCUUCCAGCGCCCCUUACAAAAAGAUGACAUACAGGUAAACAAGGGGGGGAAGAAAAAAAUAGAAGAUUAAAAUAAAAUUAAAAAAUCGGUCUUAGCCUAGGCACUGGAGUGGGGGUGCAGACUGAGGCCAAGGGAAAAAAAACAAAAAACAACAAAAAAAAAAACAACUCAUUGCCAUGGUACACAUCCCUCUUCCAUGUGUGUAAGAGGGAAACAUCAAACACCAAAGAACACAGAGGACAUUAAAGACAUUAAAGCAGCAGAUACAACCAGACACUUCUACAUACAGCUAUGAAUAAAAAGUAAAAUAAACAUAUCCACUGUGGUGGCCUCUGCGGUGUUCCACGCCAUCGUCCGCUGGGGUGGAGGGAGCAUGGCCAGAGACAGAAGCAGACCCAACAAGGCAACCAAGACAGCCGACUCCACUCUCGGCCAGUGUCCAGUCCGCAUGGAUGAGCGAGGAUACGUCCAAGGUGACUGAGGUGUCCGACACCUGCUCACCCAGUCAAAUACACCGCGAAGCCUCUCCGUCCCAGUAGCUCAGUGCUAGCUCCGCAGUCCUGUCCCCUCAUCCGCAUCUCCUCCAGUACAUCCAAACAGACUCUGGUGUAGCAGAGACCCUGCAGCUGGUCUCCAUGGCCAAAAGGCUCCCGGGCCGCAGAUCCAGAAGUCCAUAAAAAAAGCACCACGGAGGUCACGAAAGUGCCACCCCCUGUCACACAGUCCCAAAGGGUCCCGGACCAAAAUGCAAAAAAAUAUAAUACCACAUGAAAAAAAGAGGGAAACACAAAAGGAUGACACAAGAGCACAGAGCUCCUGCCUACAGCAGCCACUACAGCAGCGCCAUCUUGGGAAAAAUAAAAAUAAAAAUAAAAAUAAAAAAAUAAUAAUAAUAGGUCAUUCCUAAAGUUGUUAAUAUGGUUGAGACUUCUUUUCCUCUUAAGUAUUUGAUGAUAUGUUAUUUUAGGGAAUUGAUAGUCAAAUAUUGCAAAAUAGGCAGAUGAACACUUAUGUCAUUUAUCACUAACACAGUAGUGAUGUGAAUCCCUAAAACAUUUGUAAAUAUAUUGUUUGUUGUUAUUCUGCUAGGCUUUGUAAUUAAUGGGUAAAGCCCUUUUUCAUAUAAUAUCUCUAAAAAAUCUAAUGUUUGUUUAUGUGAAUCUACCUUUAGAAGAUCAAUAUUAUAAUAUCCACAAAUUACGAUAGUUCUAUUUUUAUUUAAACCAUUAAUCAUUUCUUCUAAUUUAUCCAUGGAGGUUUCCACUUUUGAUCCUGGUUUUCUAUAUACACAUGCAACAACAAUGUUUCUGUUUUGUUCUAAUUCUAGCUCAACAGCUACACACUCCAUUAAAUCAUUUAUGGCCAUUGUCAUACAUUUAACUUGUCUGCAUUUUAGUUCAUUAUAUAUAUAGAGGGCCAUCCCUCCUCCAGUCCUAUUGUCUCUGCUAGUGACAUAUAGAUCAUAGUCCUUUAAUUUAAGAUCAACCUCCUUGUCUUUCUUUAUCCAUGUUUCAGAAAAGACAAUAACCUUAAAUCUACCUUUAAGUGACUCUAAAACAUUUUUGAUUUUCGAAAAGUGUUUUGGUAGACUUCUACAAUUAAAAUUAAUCAAAGAAAAUGUAUUUUCUAUGCUUGCGUCAUCAAGUUGUUCCUCAGUAUAAUACUGGCAAGAAUCCUUAACAUGCUUAAAAAUAUGAGUCUCUGGAUCCACUUCAUUCUGAAAAUCAAAUGUGCCUCUUUCUGUAUAAUCAACACUUGAAAGGGCUUCAGUCUUGAAAGAAAGAGUCAUGAGUUCCUUACAGGAGAUCCAAUAAUCAAGCAAAAAAAGAAGAAAAGUAAAAUGAAAAAUGCACUCACUAUUUUCAUUUGUACUGAUCCAGGUCUUUCAAUGUUCUGAUCACAAUCACUUCGGCUUAUUCUGGUGGUCCGUUUGUCCGGAUGAAAACUUUUCCAUUCCUUGUCCAGGUAGAUUGGAUUUUAUUUUGCUUUUUGAGGAUACGGCAUGUCCAAGCAAUUUCCGCAGUUUUCUUUGUCAGGUGCUCAUUUAGAUAAACUCCAGUGCCUUAAGUUUUUUAGCUGCCUUCAGAGUGUCCACCUUGUGCUUUCUAUUUGCAAACGUGAUGAUGACUUUAGGCUUGUUUUUUUGUCCUUACUUGGAAGAAUGUGACAUGUGCUGACGCUCCAGAGGAAUAUGUUUACUCUUCAUGUAGCGCACCGCUUGUUGCUCCAAGCUGUCAAGCUCCUCAGAUGGUGCGUCCUCACCAUGCUUGCCAUCAGGUGGGCCAGCAACCCAGGCAUAACUCCGAUGCCUGGUCUCCAGGCCGGUGACCACAAGGUCAUCAGCUCUGGAAUACUGUUCCAAAUCAUCCACCCUUUGUUCUAGGAGCUCAAUCCGUCCAUUCUUGUGUUGGAUGAUAGCCUUUAAGCUGCCUGAUCUCCUCCACGAGGCCUGUCAGUUUCCUCUGCUGUUCCACCACUUCACUGAGUUCCCUUGACAUAAAGUUUAGGGAAUCUUUAAUUCCUGCCAUUUCAGCUGCUAAUUUUGCAUUGGUAGUCAUUGUUCUUCGAGCAGUCUUGACUUUUGUUGGAUGUCAGUGCAGUUUGAUGAUUUUAGUGGGUUUCAUUCAGUGGGUGGAAUUGACCGCGAUGCGCUAGCAGCCCGGGCCCGUUGCGCUAAAGGUCGGCCGGCCUUGUCUCCAUGUUGACAGAAGCAUUGUUUGGAUAGUCGCAGUUGUCUCUCUACUAUGUGCGGCAUAAGCAGGUCAUGUUCCGAAUGUAACAAAAUAAGUUUUUUAUACAGGGUUGGAGAUGGACAAACGGCGUACACACUGUCGAGGUCAAGGAGUUCAUUAGCAAUUUCCAUCAGCCUAGCCUCCCCAGUCGCAGAUUAGAUUUCAUCUCUAGUAAUAAGGAUGACGUCCAGGAAAUCCACAAUAAUGUGUGUCCUGAUUCCUUGGCCACAAUUAGUCGGUAAAGAAAAUGAACAACAUUAUAGGGGUGGGCCAAAGAAAAGGCAAACUGAACAAAAAUACAUACAGUGGGGUGUGGGGACCCCUAGAAGUAGGUUUGAUUUUUAUUUAACCAGGAAAAAUCCAUUGAGAUUAAGAACCUCAUUUUCAAGGUAGUCCUGGUCAAGAGGCAGCAAAGCUGCACAUAAAAUCACAUUCACAUUAUACAUUAAAAUGACAGGAUGCACAUCAAGUAAAACAGUUACAGAUGACUCAGGCUUCUUCAUAUGCUCUGUUUAAAUUUAAAAUCAUUUAAGAAUAACAAUUUAGUAAGUUUCCAGUCUUUUUGUAGCAUGUUCCAAGCACAAGGAGCUGCAUAGACAAAAGUUUUUUUCCCUAGCUUAGUGCGAGCAAAAGCGACAGAAAGCAACAGCUGAUCGUUGGAUCUCAGUGCAUAAAAGUUUGUACUUCUCUGUGAAAUCUAUACACAAAUGUAAUCGGGCAAUAGUCCCAGAAGAGCCUUGUAAAUAAAGAUGUACUACUGACACUGUCUCCUAAUGGACAGGGAAGGCCACCCAACCAGAGAGUAGGAGUAGUAGUUGUAGUAGUACUUGUAGGGUGUCCCCAGCUAAAUGACAGAUAGUUGAUAGACUGACCUUUAUGUGAACAUUUUUAAAAGGCAGUUAAAAGCACAUUUAAGUGUGCAUUCCUGUAAUAUUCCAUUCAAAUGUUGUAUUAUUUUACAUAUUAUUUUUAUUAUCAUAUGUAUGAUUUUAUUUGCAAUGUUUCAGUUGUUGCAUCAUGCUAUAUGCUUAUUUUGAUUGUAAUUACUGUUUGUAUUUGAACCAUGUGAAGUACUUAGUGAGCUCCCUCUGCGAGAAGAGCUAUAUAUCAAAUGUACUUACUUACUAGGGCACAAAUAAAUAUUAGUUGGACAGACUGGGACCACUACAUCAUGAAAAUAGACGAACAUUGAUCCCAAAGUCAAUAGUCUCGAUCUGAGGGUACAGGCUUUUUUAAUCUAGCAGUCACUGAUCUCACAUGGAUGGACCAACAUAUUUGAUAACGUCCAUGAGAAGGUCUAUAAAACCCCCCGGUGUUUGCGCUUCACUUCAGUCGGCAUCUCUGCUCUCGACUCCUUCUUCUCCAACUUUUAGUCAUGCUGCGUCUUCCGUUUUCCUGCCUUCUUCUGGCCCUGGCGGCGUCUAUCGCCUCCUCGGCCGUCAUAGUCGACAACGGCAUGCCCAUCAUGUGGUCUCAGGCUGCUGCCCAGGUGACCGACCUGCCCGUGCAGAACAACAUUGUGGUGGCCAAUCCUUGGAACUUCCUGCACCGCAUGAGCUUCUAUCGCAUGAUCAUCAAUGCCACCAACCCCUUCAUGAACUCCAUCGGGCCCAGCCCUACUGACAGUCCCCUAUGGAGUCUGCCUCUGCAGGCUGGUUGGAUGGUGACAUCAGGUCAGUCCUACUUUGCAACCAUUUUAGUACACAUAUCAGUUCUGUUCUGUUUUAAAACAUGUGUCCUUUGGCCUCCUCAGAACGUCUCGCUGACCCGACCGGCACCAGAAUAUGUGUUAGCCGCCAACUUCCAGUCCACCCUCGAGAGAUCUGUGUUGUUCUUGACACCGCUGCCAGGCCGCAUUCUGCAGGAGGGUGACAGUCCACCCAACAUUGCCGACAUGACCCAGGAAGAGAACCACACUCUGCAUGUCUUCUCCUGGAUGAAGAACAUGAACAGCAUUUUGGGAGGAUCGCUGAUAAGUAUGUGGCGUGGCUCCAUGUGCUCUGUGAUCACCAGAGAGAAAGGCAGAGAGAUGCUGGAGCAGCUCCUGCUGGACCCUAGCUUUCCUACCUCCACUUUCCUGUCCAUCAUCAUCAACAUGGCCACCAGCUGCUAGUGGAAGGAUGCUCAAUAAACAAACUCAACAAACAUCACUGAGGACCUCUAUUUUUUUCUACUUAACACCGCUAAACACCAGAGUGGCUUCCCAAACUGCAUACAGAAUCAUACUGACCUCUUUCAAGCUCACACAAUAAUGGUGUGCAAGGCAGUGACAUGACCAUCUCCACGAGGGUGAGGCUAAACUCCUCACUUAUGGUGCUGCUCUAUGCUUAAAAUUGCUGUGUUUGGCCCGCGACUCAUUUGCACAUCUUUCACCUUGGCUC